AUGAAACAUAGUGGCAAGAAUGGUAUUGAGCAACAUAUAUUCCAGAUUUGUAAAGAAAUAAUGGUAAAUACAAAAGAUCAAGCAUGUGUCAUUAUGGAUGGUACAUAUAUUUACUGUCAAAAAUUUGCAAACAAUAAAGUACAGAAAGCAUUAUACAGUAAUCAUAAAAAACGACACCUAGUGAAACCAAUGCUUAUUGUAGCAAGUGAUGGCUAUAUUUUAAGUAUUCUUGGUCCAUUUAUGGUUGAUGGAAAAAAUAAUGCUGCUUCCAUUAUAACACAUUGUUUUUUUAACAACUAUGAUGAUAUUCUUCCUUGGUUUAAGGAUGAUGAUAUUAUCAAAUUGGACAGGGGCUUUCGGGAUGCAGUAAAUACAAUGAAGUAUCUUGGCUUCAAUGUUGCUAUGCCAUAUUUUCUGUAUAGAAAUAGUCAGUUCACAGCUGAAGAGGCUAAUCUAUCACGAUGUGUUACCAAAUGGAAAAGGGUAGAAGUUAAAAUGUUGAAAUUGUUACACGUUGAUAAUGAACUAAAACAUUAUUUGGAUGGAAAUAAGUUUAUGUUGAAGUGGAACAAACAUGAUGUCAAACACGUUGUAUUUCCACAAUUAACUGAAGAUGAUUUACGUGGAAUAACUUGCAGUAGGGUUAUUGGCUGCUGCUUUCAUAUAACAGCUGUAUUGUGGCAUUUGGGUGUGAAUCAAGCGGCAACAGAUUUACCAAUUCAUCCUCUGUCAUCCCAGCAUUAUUUUAACAAAAUUCAUAAUAGUUUAAAAUAUCAAGAUUUUGAAUCGAUUGGUGCUGACGAUACAGAUGUGAAAUAUUCAUUAGCUAAUAGUGACAACGAUUCAGAUGACUGA